AUGAAAGUCCAAAUGUAUCAAAUGGACCGUGUGCAAGUCACAUUGCCUAAUUACUCUUAUGUGCUGAAUUUUGAGAAGAAUUUUGUUCAUGCAGAGAGUCAAGCGUUGAUUAAAGAUCAUUUUCCAAUCUGUUUCUACUAUUGUGCUAUUUACAUCCUGCUAGUUUUUGGAGGAUGUCGUUAUAUGUCAAACAGAACAAAAUUCGAACCAAGAGGCCUGCUUACUUUAUGGAGCAUAACAUUUCACACACAAUCCACAUACAUGUGGAGUUUGGUCAUGAAUAUUUAUCAUCACGAAAUUACUAGAAUUAGACGACACUGCUUUCAUCGUGUUCCGGAAGCAGCCAUUGAUAUUUCUACGCUGGUAACCAUUAUGUAUCAGUUCUUCUUUAUACAUGGUUCUCGUUUGUAGAAAUCGUAGAAUUCAGCAUGUGAUUUAGCAUAGUGAACGUACGUAUUCCUGCAUGUAUUCGUAUUCUACUUCAAUAAAUCGCUAUGACGCUGACUAUGUAUGACGCUAACAACUGUUUUGGGAUAUAUUUAUAACCAUUUCAGUAUAUUACUAUGUACAACUUUAAGCCUCAGACGUUCUAGAUUGAUGUACCUUGGUUACCUUAUUUUAUUUGCCAAUUUUUUCAAACAGUAUUAUUAA